AUACAAUCAAUCAAUCGUACCCUUACAACUGGAAUCCAAUCUCCAGUGGCGAAACCCAAUCGGAGCUCGGAUUUCUGCGCCAUUUCCGAUGGCGACGCAGACCGAUUGAUAUCUGGAUCGACACUCAGCCACUGUCCCCUCUGUUUCUCUCUGUUGGCUUUCAGCUCUCGCAGCCAUGGCGGAAGGACGCGGAGCUCUGUUACUCGUCUUCUUGGUCUCACUUGCGGCGACUGCGAGCUUCGCUGCAGGGAAGAAGCGGGCGUACAUCGUGUACAUGAACGCGGCCCACAAGCCGGCAGUCCACGCCACGCACGAGGAGUGGUACCAGGCCCACCUGCAGUCGCUGUCCAUCGACCCUGCUCGCCACCUCCUCUACGCCUACUCCGCCGCCGCCCGCGGCUUCGCGGCCCUCCUCCACCCCGACCAUGUCGACCUCCUCCGCCGCCAUCCUUCCGUGCUUAAUCUGCAUCCUGACCCCCGCCUGACUUUGCACACCACCCGCUCGCCGCAGUUCCUCGGCCUCACCCCCUGGCCGGCCGGCAUCCGGCGCUCCUUCGACUCCGCCGCCACCACCGACGUCAUCAUUGGCGUCCUCGACACCGGCGUUUGGCCGGAAUCACCCAGCUUCGACGAUGCCGGCCUUCCUGCGGUCCCAUCCCGGUGGCGCGGCGCUUGCGAGCCCGGCGUCGACUUUUCCCCUUCACUCUGCAACCGCAAGCUCGUCGGCGCUAGGAGCUUCAAUCGCGGGUUCCACGCCGCCGAGGACGAGGGCCGUGAGGUGCGUGUGUCCGCCCGGGACACCGACGGGCACGGGACCCACACGGCGUCGACCGCCGCCGGCGCCGCCGUGGCCAACGCCAGCCUGCUCGGUUACGCCUCCGGCGUCGCCCGCGGCAUGGCCCCCGGCGCGCGCAUCGCUGCCUACAAGGUCUGCUGGAGCAACGGGUGCUACGGAUCCGACAUCCUCGCGGGGAUCGACCAGGCCAUCGCCGACGGCGUCGACAUCCUCUCCCUCUCCCUCGGCGGCAGCUCCGCGCCCUUCUCCCGCGACCCUGUCGCGGUGGGGGCCUUUUCCGCGGUGCAGCACGGCAUCUUCGUCUCUUGCUCCGCCGGGAACAGCGGGCCCGCCAGAUCCUCCCUCACCAACACGGCGCCCUGGGUCGCCACCAUCGGCGCCGGCACCCUCGACCGCGACUUCCCUGCCUACGUGCAGUUGAGCACCGGCGAGCGCUUCGCCGGCCUCUCGCUCAGCAGCGAAGAAGAAGGAAUCGUAAACCAAACGCUCGCCGUAGUCUACGGCAUGGGCGUGCAGUCGGGCAGCAACUCUAGCAAAUUCUGCAUGCCCGGAACCCUCGAUCCCAACGCAGUGAGAGGCAAGGUGGUCCUUUGCGACAGGGGAAUCAACGCGCGGGUGGAGAAGGGGCAGGUGGUGAAGGACGCCGGCGGCGCAGGGAUGAUACUCGCCAAUGGGGCCGCCAACGGGGAGGAGCUGGUGGCGGACAGCCACCUGCUUCCGACGGUGGCGGUGGGGGCCAAGAACGGCGACCUAAUUAGAGAGCACAUCAGCUCGAGCUCGAACCCAACAGUAACCCUCAGCUUCCGGGGCACCGUCCUCGGCGUGCAACCUUCGCCGGUGGUGGCAGCCUUCAGCUCCAGGGGACCCAACAUGCUGGUGCCGGAGUUGCUGAAACCCGACUUGAUAGGCCCCGGGGUCAACAUCCUGGCAGGUUGGACGGGGUCUACCGGCCCGACCGGACUGGCCAAGGACAACCGGCGGUCUCCCUUCAACAUCAUGUCCGGAACAUCAAUGUCAUGCCCCCACAUCAGCGGCGUUGCUGCAUUGCUGAAGGCCGCCCACCCCGACUGGAGUCCCAGCGCCAUCAAGUCAGCCCUCAUGACCACGGCCUACACCGAGGACAACACCGGAGCUCCCCUCGUCGACGCCGCCGGAGGUUCCGCCGCCACUCCGUGGUCCUACGGCUCCGGCCACGUCGACCCUCAGAAGGCUCUCUCGCCCGGCCUCAUCUACGACAUCAAAACCGAUGACUACGUCGCCUUCCUGUGCUCCUUGGAUUACCCCGCCGGCCACAUCCAGGCCAUCUCGCAGAGCCCCAACACCAACUGCUCCCGGCGCCUUUCCAACCCCGGCAACCUCAAUUACCCGUCGUUCUCCGUCGUGUUCGGAAGAAAAUCCCGCAGAAUCGUGAAGUUCAAUAGGGAGCUCACGAAUGUCGGCGUCCCGAGCUCUGUUUACUUUGUGAAUGUCAGCGGACCUCCGACGGUGAAGGUGAGUGUGAAGCCGACGAAACUCGUCUUCAGCCGAAUCGGACAGAAACUGAGUUACAAGGUUUCAUUCGCAUCGUCGACGACAAAGGCCGGAGAAGCACGAGAAGUGGCAUUCGGAUGGAUCAGUUGGAUGAACAAGGAGCACCGAGUGAGAAGCCCUGUAUCGUUUCGAUGGUGGCAAUGGUGAAAGAGUUCGGAUCAUCACUUUAACACCAAGUUGUGCAGGGAUAUCAAGCAUUUCGUCUCUGGUUUGAAGAGAACGAUGACACCAACUGGUGAAUAAAUUGUUAGCUGUUGGAAGUUUGGCUGAAUUUGUGUCAAAUUCUUUGCAAAAUGUGGUCUUUAGACAGUUUCUAUCUA